UUGUGAAGACACAGAUAUCAGUAUACACGAGUUAGUACCUGUUACGUCCACGGUGUUAUGUCGAUCAUGAGUGUUUUGCUACCGGCAGUCGACUGGCUAUGGAGCCUCCAGACGUUACUAGUUGCCGUCGUGGUCAUCGUCACGACAGCGAUGUGGAAGCGGUCAGCAACAACCCUGCCGCCCGGGCCGAGGGGACUGCCACUGGUCGGCAACUUGUUCAGCAUGAGCAAAGAUAUCCCAGUGGUUUUCCAGGAGUGGUCUAAGAAGUACGGGGACGUCUUCACCGUUUACGCGUUCAGCCAGCCGAGAGUUGUUCUGAACGGUUUCAGCGCCAUCCGCGAGGCUCUGGUGACGAACGCGGACGUUUUCUCCAGCCGGCCGCCCGUCCCUGUCCUGGGGUCGCCGGACCAGAGUGCAAAAGGAUUGCUCUUCGAACCGUACACUCCUCGAUACAAAGAGCACAAGAAGUUCACCAUGUCUGCCCUCCGCGACUUCGGGGUCGGAAAGAGGAGUAUGGAGGGGAAGAUUCUGGAAGAAGCCCAAGCACUCAGCGAUGUCAUCUCAAAGAAAGAAAACCAGGCCUUCUGCAUCUCUAGGCUGUUCAAGAACGCGAGUUGCAAUGUCAUCUCCUCUCUCGUCUUCGGCUCUCGCUACGAGUACGAUGAUCCCAAGGGGAAAGAGCUUUUACAGAUGAUCCAAGAGACGUUCAGUAUCAAGCGCCAUCAGAUGCUGCCGAUUAUCUUUCCGGCGGCCAGAAUCAUUCCUAGUUUGAAGAAGGCUUCCGAAGGGUUUCUCGACAACCAGCUGAAGCUGAGGGCACACAUCCGAGAGCAAAUAGCGAAGCACAAGGAAACGUUUGACCCGAAUGACAUCAGGGACUUUUUGGACGCAUUUCUUCUGGAGACUCAAAAGAGAGAGGGAGACGAGAAUUCGACCUUCACCAAAGAGCAACAUGUAGAAAUCGUCCGCCAGCUGUUCUUGGCGGGGACUGAUACCACAGCGAACACCUUACACUGGGCCGUGCUGUUCAUGAUCCUCCACCCGGACAUCCAGCAGAAAGUACAGCAGGAGAUAGACAGCGUGCUGGGACCCGACCAGGACCCCUCCAUGGACCAUCGCAGCCAGAUGCCCUACACAGAGGCCACCUUAAGUGAAAUAAGUAGGAUGGCAGCAACCGCUCCAAUGGCAACCCGGCACUUCACCACCGGUGACGUAUUCUUCAGAGGUUACCACAUUCCCAAGGGUACCAGAGUGGAGGUGAACCUCUGGUCGGUGCUGUACGACCCACAGCUCUGGCCCGAACCAAACAAGUUUGACCCGACCCGUUUCCUGGACGACUCCGGCAAGUUUUCUAGGAGGGAGGAAAUGAUCACGUUUUCUAUGGGUCGUCGCCUCUGUCCCGGGGAACGGCUUACCAAAGUGGAGUUGUUCCUGUUCUUCACUUUCAUACUACAGCGCUUCACGUUCAAACCGCCAGAGGGCAGUCCUAUACCGUCUGCCAAGGGAGUCUUUGGAUUAGGCCAUUCGCCGGCACCGUUCCAGCUGGUUGCCGAACCAAGGAAGUAAUAAUGAAAUAACGUAAGACGUAAUCGUGGCGGUCUGCGUUUGAGUUGUUAACAAUUAUGAAUGUGACUCUAGUUAGAAAAGGUGAAAAAUAAGAUUAUUGCACCAAUUAAUUAUAUCACUAUUAAAGGCAUCCAGUGCAGUUUCAGGGCUUGGAAACCAGAUUUUUCAAAGUCAAUAUUCUACAUACUUAAGUUGAAAC